AUGGAAAGUGGGGAAAAUACUUUUGAGGAUGGUACUGAAGAUGGUGAAUCAGCUGAUCCGCUAGCUAUAAUUCCUCAAUACGUAACAGAAUCCGAUUUGGGAUUAAUGCACUCAGGAAGCGAAAUCUUGCCAACUCCACUUACGGUCUUCUCGGAUACUCCUGAAGAUGAAGACACCAUGCAUAGCAGUGACUCUGCGGAAGAGGUCAUUGUCCAGCUGAUGGAUAUUAGAACAAGACUCUCACAGUUAAGGUCUAUGUUGGAGCGGAGACUUGGUGAGGAUUUAUCAGAUUAUACAUUCUGGCUGCAGGAUGCCAAGAUGCUGGAAAACCACAAAACUCUGGUAGAACAAUGCAUUAAAGGAGAGGGUACUGUACAAGUUAAUAUCCAGAUCAAACCAGCUGAGAGAAAGAUCAAUAUUCUUGAUGUUCUCAAACCUGAUGAGGAAUGUGUACAGUUACCUCAACAGACUGAUAGUGAAUUCGAAUCCGUGGACAUGAAAAUGGGAGAUACGAUUCACAGCACUUCGGACAUAAUGCAAGCCUCUAUGGACACCGAAUUAUCCCAACCCCACGCCGCUGCUGUCAAAUGGGUAGUCGACGCCCAGUUUCGCUCGGACCACAGCAGGGUUCAUAUCCCGGACGAUCCAGCUGAUUGGUCAGUUCAACACGUAAAGCUGUGGAUCCAGUGGGCGGUUAGACAGUUCAAUUUAACUGGCAUAAAACUGUCUGAUUGGAACAUAAGUGGGACGGAGUUGUGUGCUAUAGCCAACGUCGACUUUAAAGAAAAAGUACCGUCCGAUCCCGGCGAUUUGUUCUGGACGCAUUUCGAACUGUUGCGAAAGUGCAAAUUUAUUGCCGUAGUACAAAACGACGAGCAGCCUAUGAAUGACAUACUGGACACUCCACAGUCGGCGAUUAAGAAAAGACCCAAGCAGCACAUGAUUCUUCGCGAGUCUAACGAGGAAGACGUUUGCCAAUACGUAACCACGCGCACAGGCUACAACGGCCAGAUUCAGCUGUGGCAAUUCCUUCUAGAGCUGCUCACCAGCGCCGAAUACUUCGACGUUAUACGAUGGCAUGGCACCGAGGGCGAGUUCAAACUGCUGGAGCCGGAGUGCGUCGCACGCUUGUGGGGCGCGCGCAAACACAAGCCGGCCAUGAACUACGAGAAGUUGUCGCGCGCAUUGCGUUAUUACUACGACGGCGACAUGAUCGCCAAGGUGGCGGGCAAGAGGUUUGUGUACAAGUUCGUGUGUGAUUUGCGACAGUUACUGGGUUACGGUGCCGACGAAUUGGCGGAACUAGUCAAAGAGGUACAUGAUUCCAAGGACGUGAAUGAGCAUAGC